UUCGUAUAUAUUUUUGGAUACAGACAUUAUCUGUCUUCAAAGUUAGCUAUGUGCAUAAUACGAAAAAUAACACCUUUCAUUUGACGUACUUUCGCUUUCAUAGCUCAGCAGUUGUUAGUCAUAAAAGAUCACGUCUCUCUUUCAUGAAACGUAAACCCACGUGGCUAAUAUAGGCCCCAUCGCUGCCUUGGACCUGAUAAUGCGGUUGUACCGUUAACGGGGUCGAUGGUGUAUGCAUUGGCGCAUGUACUGUAGGAAGCAAUAUUUUGAAAGGUCACAGACGUAAACAACAAAGAUGGCGGAACCUACAGCUGACGAUUACAUUGAACACUUAAGUGUGAUGCUUGUCGGUCGAAAGGGUCACGGAAGAACGUCUCUGGCUCGUGCUCUUCUUGCCCAAUCAGAUUCCCCCGACCAGACCGAAUGCUGUGUACUUCAUGGAGACAUAAAAAGCUCUGCAAAUGACACAUGGAAAUUAACACUUAUAGAUACCCCUGGAAUUGGGGAUUUAGAUUUUACCAAAGAGCACAUUGUAGAGACCAUCCGUCGCCAACGAGAAGGUGUACAGCAAGUCGACACAUUUUUAUACGUGUUAAGAUAUAACUUAAGAGUCAGAUCAACAGAAAUAGAGGCUAUAGACCUCUUGGAAGAUAAAUUCUUCGGGACAUUUUUGAAGAGGGCCAUCUUUGUGUUUAUCCAUGACGGUAGAACAGCUCUCAACAGUGAACAAAAGCAAAAUUUCGUGGAUUCGCUACCAAAGACUUUUAAGGAGAAAGCAGAACUGGCAGGAAAUCGUGUUUGUUUAGUCGGCACUGCUGAACCAAAUAGCAUACUAUGUUUUUUGGAGGAGCUGCGAGGAAUGGUCCGAGAGAUUAUGCGUGAACAAGAAAAACCGUGCAUUCUGAAGGAGGAAGCCUCGUUGUGGGACAUCUACCAGUACAUCUCCGUGCUUGAAUAUUUCACUAAUGGACAGUCUGGAAACGAAGGAAACGACUUUGAUGAUUUCUUCGUUGUCGACUUUGAAGAUGUGGACUCCAAAGUUGGCACGUGGGUCAAAGUUGUCGUCAGUAAUCAAAAGUGACCAUGUGUAAUGGAUGAUGCCAUAGACAAACAAAAGCCCGUGUGCAACAAAAACCGUUGUAAACUGUGAAUUGAUCACUUCGGUAGUUUGACUCCAUUGAAAAGAAAUCAUGGAAAUCUCAAGUGAUCAUAAACUAAAAUGAAUUUUGAAGGCCGCGCAUGGUGUCAGAGGAAAAUACAGGGAAAUCUCUGGGGCAGAUAAAUUAUCAUAAGACCAAUAUCACUCACAGUUGAGCAAGCUUUGGCAGCUUUCAAAAUUAAACUAUUCUUUCUUGUGAUGAUCCCUUAAUAUUGCAAAAGAAAUUAAUCUUCAAAAUUGAUCAGAACUGAGGACAACACCAGUAUUUCAUAAGAAAAGAAAUUAAAAAAUAUGUUCAGUCAUAUGUCAUAUUGUUUCGUUUGCUUAACUAGCUUUAUAGAAUAACAAGAAUGUGUUACAAAACGUGUAUUAAAGGUUUAUAACAGCUACAAGUCCAAUACUUCGCCUUUUAGGCAAAUAUACUGCUUGUGGGAAGUUGAUGUGCUGCAAGUUUAGAGAUAAUAUGAACAUUAAUGAAAUCUCUUUGUGCUUUUCAUCUCCAAUUAAAUUUUAUUUAUUAUUCAAACUUUACAAUUUUGCUUUUUUUCAAUUAUUAAGUUUAUAAUGAGUUAUCUACGCGUUCGAAAUUAAAAAAAAGUUAAAUAUACAGCUAAAUAUUCUGAAAAGUUAAGAUCUCUCCAAUCUUAGACACUUCAAGAACGAAAAAAACAGUUGAUUUUUUUUACAAAAAGGGAGCUGAAUAGUUGGACCAGGCAAUUAAUAAAUGAUACGUGGGUAGGAAAAAGUUGCUAUAUUCUCCAGAAAAAUUAGAAAUCGUCAAAAAAUCUCUUAACCCAAUACCUUUGAGUUGUGCCAUAUAUUGUGGUGUCAAAAUUCUCUUGGACUUAAUUACAAAAAUGAGUCGCAUCAUUUGUUAAAACAUUAAAGAAUUCACAUUGUUUGACCUUUAAGUGUUCAGACAUAAUAAUUAUAAUGAUAAUAAUAAACUAUUAUAUCGUCAAUAACACUGUAAAUGUCCUUCAAAUCUUAAUACAUAGGAUAUAAAUCUAAAUAAACGAAAUAUUAACUCGUGCUAUAUCAAUCACAUCUCCAUCCCAUAACAUCAGUCGUACAACCCAUUCAGCUGGAUAAGAAAAACGUUCUACCAAAAAGAUUUUCGCCCGUCUAAUGAAAAAGUAUAAUGUAAUCAUAACUAUGAUUGUAGUAUGAAACAUUAUGAAAUUUCACCAUGACUUAUAUCAUGAUUUAGGAACUGUAAUUGUCUGACGCUGAUGAACACGGUUUGGCAUACAGUGGAAUUUCUAAUGUUGAUGUUGCCUCAAAUAGAAAGGAUAAAACGUGUCUGCCACUUUCAAAGAUAAAAUACCUAUGUACAAAAAUACAAAUUCUA